UGAUUUACAAGCAGCUCCCUGUAAUGUAAAUGAACCGUGUCCAGGUCAUUGCCUACAAGUUGUGCAGCAAUCACUAAGCGCUACAAGCAGAUCAUCAUCAUCAUCAUCAUCAUCCCAGGCGGCUCCAGCCCUUCCUUCCAGGCACUUCCUUCCUUCCUCUCUUCUGGAGGGCUGGGAGAAUAUAAACUUGGGUACAAACUUAGAGACAUGACACAGAGCUCGGAGAGUUGUGGACCUUUUAGGACUUCCGAGCUGGGGAACUUGCACUUUUACAGCUGCCAUUCAAAGCUCUGCUCUUCUGCCAAGACCACGCUUUGCUCUUGGCUGAACAUCCAGGAACAUGAUGCUGCUGUUCCACAUUAUCUGGAGUGCUCUUGUCUCAACGCAGCUAGUGCAACUGGCUUUACUGGAUGAAGUCACCUCAGAGUUUGUCUGCUUAGAUCAGGUUUGUUAUUCUGUAUCCUGGGGUAGUCAACGGUACUACAAGGCGAAGAAGUCGUGCAAAGUGAAAAAGGGACAGCUAUUAACUGUGAAGAACACAGUGCAGGCUGAUGCCAUCGCUAUGUUCAUGGCCAAGGCUCACCAAGAAGAUGUCAAGGUCUGGAUAGGGCUGGAGCAACCAUUUAGCAACCGAUGCACAGACCUGCAGCUGCCCCUGAGGGGCUAUACCUGGGUGACAGGUGACAACCACACAGAUUACACAAACUGGAAGAAGGAGGAGCAGAAGUGUGGUGCCCACUGUGUCACUGUGCGCAAAGAUGGCACCUGGGAAGAGAUUCCUUGUGACUCCAAGGCUGAUGGCUACUUGUGUGAGAUAAGUUAUUCUUCACCCUGUUUUUCUCUUGAGUUACCUUUCUCUUACAAUGUCACUUAUUACCAUUUUGCCCUUGGAUUGGCCUCCACUGGUGGUACUGUGUUCCCAAAUGAUACCAUAGUAGACAUCUCCACAUCCCCAAACAAUACCAAACUAUUUUGUAAAGAGAAAGCUGAUGGGACUGUGGCUUGGAGCAGUGAUAGCCCAGGUGCCUGGAGCUGUCUGAUAUUGAAGGGGGGCUGUGAACAUGAGUGUGUAGAAGAAUCUGACACUGCACAGUGCAAGUGUCCUUCAGGAUCAGAGCUAAAAGCUGACCACAGGGGCUGCACCAAACCUUGUGACCCCAAUCCCUGCAGCCAACUCUGUGUCCCAGUUUCUGACCCACCAGGGUUCCUCUGUAUGUGUUCUGAAGGCUUUACGCUAGGGGAUGAUGGAAGAACCUGUGAAGAUAUUGAUGACUGUGCUGCCAACCCCAAUACCUGUGAGCACCACUGCACUAAUACAAUUGGAGGCUUUGACUGCGGCUGCAAACCUGGUUUUGAGAUGGUUGAGACUUGUGAGCCUGGAGAAAGUUGUGGGUCACUUUGUCUGGACAUUGAUGAGUGUGGCAUCCCAACAACUCUCUGUGAACACGGAUGUGAGAACUUCGAUGGAGGCUACAGAUGCUAUUGUGAUGAUGGGUAUGUCACUGAUGAGAAAAAACCCUAUAAAUGCAAACGGUUCUGCAACACGUCUUUCUGUGAGGCUGACUGUGACAUAAAUAAUAAUGAUAGCUGCCAAUGCCCAGAAGGAUACAUAGUGGAUCAACUUGAGGAUGGAGUCUAUAUCUGCGCUGAUGUGGACGAGUGUGAUGCCUCUCCUUGUGACUGGCCAAACUCAUGUAUUAAUACUUUUGGGUCUUUCCUAUGUACCUGCCCUGAUGGCUACACUGUCCACAAUGAAGCAUGUAUACCACCUGAGGAGGGAUCAGGUGGAGCAGAACUCACCCCAGUGCCACCUUCCCAGACCUCACCACCCACCACCAGACCUCCAGAUAUCCACAGUCUACAGCCAGCUAUGUUACUGGGAAUAUGCAUAGGAAUAAUAUCUAUGUUAACUGUCUUGCUAGCCAUCCUCUGUCAUAUGCUGAGGAAGCAUUACAUAGAGGAGCAUGCCCUGGACUAUAAGUGUAAGAACGCUGAGAAGGAUAUGGUACUCCAACAAGUCAUGACAGAGCCCCAGCACAAACUAUAGUGAGCACUAUGAUGUACUGUAGACAAUAUGCAAAAAAAUAACUUCAAGUGACUAGUUUGGGGCUUGGACUUGUAGUCACAUUGGAGUCACAGGCUACAAAUUGGACCAGGACAGAUAGCUGUCUGAGCUUCUUAAAGCAGUGUGCACCAGAGAGUAGUGAACUACCAAUGUGUAAGACAUGUAGUAGUGUAAAUACAUAAAGUGAAUGCAGAUGAAGUAUAUGGUACACAGGAGGGAAUAUCUACUGCAGUCAUUCUUUGUCCCCUUUUAGAACCCCCUCUACAUUGUUUCCUAUUUUCACAUGUUGUGUUACAUAUAUAUAUACAAAUUUCUUCCCAUAUUUUUCUCUUAAUCUUGUUCUCUUUCUCUCUUUCUCUGUAGUUCUCCUUCUUUUUGUCUUCCUUUUUAUUCUCUCACCUUUCUUUCUUUCUUGCUUUUUUUUUUCUUUCUAUUUUAUUGCCUCCAUUUCUCUUUACAUACUUUUUCCUCACUGUCUAUUUUUCCCACCAAUGUUUCCCUCUUUUUAUACUCAUUCGCCAUUCUUUCUCCAUCUCAUUUAUUCUUUCUGGGAAACUCCGAUUUACAAAACCCAGCAGCUGGUUUGUUUUCUUACAGGACUUUGGGGGUGAUACCAAUUGCUCAGCCUAUCCCCGGUAUCUGUAAUAACUGAAACUGUAUUUGAGUUAACCCAGCAGUUUAGUAAUAUUGCAAAAACCUGAUACCUAUAGAAAGCUUCAGCAUCAGGAAACAACCCUCAUGUGACAUUGGCUUGCCUGGUGCAAGACACACAAUGUCACUGCUUUACUUAUUAUUUAAAGGGGUUCUCUUAUUUUAUAAAAGAAAAAAAGAAAAAAUAACAGUGUAAGGCAAUUUUCUGAGGUUUGCUUAAAAGACUUUUCCACUUAUUCUGGCUUACAAAAGCUGAUGUCCAAUCAACCAUAUGAUGAGUCUCCAAGAGCAGAUAUAGGCACCAUGGCAGCUGGAAAACUGCUGGCACAGUGAGUUAUGCGUACAUAUGCGGAGAUUUGAUAAAACUGGUGUAAAGGAAAAUUGGCUUGGUUGGUUACCCAUAGCAACCAAACCUUACAUUACAUUCCGCUUUACCAUUUUUCAGCAGACCUUUGGGAAAUGAGAAGUCGAAUUGAAUUGAUUGCAACGAACAAAGCCAGUUUUCCUUGACACCAGUUUUGAUAAAUCUCCCCCAUAGUGUUUUAUGUAGUCACCUAUCCAUGGUGGGAUGUAAGGAGAUCUGCUCCUGGGGAGCAAAUGCUGAAUGACAUGUUACAAAGUGAGCUUAUGUAAAAAA